ACUAGUGCUCAUUCACUGUCGAAGCCUUCCAUAGAGUUGUCUCCUGUCACACCACCAUCAUCUUUGGAUAGCUUUGUUGGUGUGCAGUCUGAGCCUCUACAGGAGUUGGUUCCAGAUGGAGUGCAGACUGAACUACAAGAGUCCAGAACUGUUAUUUCUGCAACAGAGCCUGUGUUGUAUGGAAAAUGGAAGACCACUUUACCCAGAGUUGACCAUCAAUGGGUAUCGAGGGCGUUUUUUGGCCUGAACUCCAACAAUAAAUUGGAAUUCAAAGCUGAGAAAGUCUGUCAGCUAUGGAACUAUCCUCCACAGCCAAGUCUCUCAGGAAAUACCAGGAACCGAACUGACAGAUAUUUUGCUCACAGGCUUUUCUUGUGGAUGCCGUUAAACAUUUGGAGUGUCCAGCUGCUUUGCCCACAUGAAGAAGCAGACAACGAAUUGUACAGAGGUGUUCUUACAAGAGCUGGGAUGCAUCAGAAGACCAGACUUGUACUGGACAUCGACUGCUUUUACAACAUGGCGACAGAGUAUCUGCGGUGCUCCAAAUGUGGCAAAAAGAUGGUUGCCUGGGCCCAUAACAUUGUCUCCCAACUGGAUAGAGACAGGCAACUGCUGUUUCCUGCAAUCCUGACUGCAAGGUACUCUUGCGACAAGAAAGUAGUUGGUUUGUUGCGUCAGAGAGGGCUAGGAAACAGCAGCAGUAUGGUCAGGAGACAGCUGGAGGAAUCACAUGGCGACACCUACCUCAGGAAUGUCCACCACUACCUGUCAGCAUGUAGGACCUUCAAAACUGCUGGCUCUGUAGGGCUGGUGUCUGCCAGUAGCAUUGAAGAGCCUCCAUCGCUAACUCCGGUACCACGACACAGGUGGCUGAUGAAGGUUUACCAGCUAGAUGUGGUCAGCGUCUUAACUAUGUUAAGGCCUCCAUCACAUCACUGUUUGGGAAUGUAAUUAAACUGGACUCCACUAAAAAAAUCACGAAAAAGCUAGCAGGAAGAAGUGCAAAGACUGCCAUGUGGGCGACAAAUGUGGGUAACGAACAUGGACAAGUGAUCAUGUCUGUCCUCACCGCUAAUGAAGGUCAGGGUCUUGCAAACAUGAUCACUGGACUAUGCCAGCGUUACCAGGAAGCGAAUGUAUCGCCACCACGACUGCUGUAUGUCGACAGAGACUGUUGUGACAGUAGUUGUGUGUUGAAGUACUUCAACAACUGGCCAUUUCUUCUUGUGAGGUUGGACAUCUGGCAUUUUAUGCGAAGACUGUCUAUUGGCUGCACAACUGAUGCCCAUCCAUUGUAUGGCACAUUCAUGGGUCGUCUCAGCCAAUGCAUCUUCGAAUGGGAAGAGAAAGACGUUUCGUUGCUGAAGAGGGCAAAGAGGGCCGAGAUGAUUCAGCAUCAUAUUCCUGAUCCGUCAGAUGCUGAUGUUGUGCGCCACAUUAAGUCUCAAGAGUUGGCUUCACACUGCCGAAGGAGAACCAGAGGCACAAAGGAAACAACGACUCUGAUUAGUGAGCUAAUCCACUCCAUGGAGGGAGACAAGGGACUGGACAUCCUUGGAGUGCCACUAUUGAAUACUAUAAAGAUGCAGGAGAUUUGGGCUAAACAGAGUCAACAUGUUCCUUGCCUUCAAGAUCCUGAUGGUGUCCAACUUUACACUAAGGUUUGCACUGUUAGGAAAGGUGGUGUGGAGCUACCAAAGUAUCGCUGUGCCAGAGGUUCAACCUCAUUGGAAAGUUUUCAUCUCCACAUGAACAGAUUUGUUC